AUGGUGAAGAGCUCUUUAGAGCCAAUUUCUAGAGCUCUUUUGACCACCACAGCUGUAGAAUUUGCUAAAAUGCUAGGAGAAAAUUUUGUGCCAACUGAAGGAUGCCACACAACAUGGAAAGGGAGAAAUAACAUUAUUCAUCAGAAGCUACAUGAUGAGAAAGUUGUAGAAACUGAAACUGUGAAUGAAAAUGCCAUGGAAGAAAGUGACUACAUGUCAACUUCAACUGAAUUGAGAAAAGCACUAAGAGCUCUUGAAUUCAAAUAUGGAAAUCAGAUCUACCAAGAGUUUUAUGAACUUGAAAAUAUACUUGAAAGACUGUUUAUGAAUAAUGCAAAACAAAUAUGGAUAAAGCAGUUCUUUCCUGAAAAUUUACUAUUAGCAAGUAAAGAAAAAGGUGCUGCAGUCAAGCUUGCUGACUUCGGCCUGGCGAUAGAGGUUCAGGGAGAGCAGCAAGCUUGGUAUGGUUUUGCUGGCACCCCUGGUUACCUUUCACCUGAAGUGCUUAAGAAAGAACCAUAUGGAAAACCAGUUGAUAUAUGGGCAUGUGGUGUCAUUCUGUAUAUCUUGUUAGUUGGUUAUCCUCCAUUUUGGGAUGAAGAUCAACAUAGACUAUAUGCACAAAUCAAAGCUGGAGCUUACGAUUACCCAUCUCCAGAAUGGGAUACCGUAACUCCAGAAGCAAAGAACCUUAUUAAUAAUAUGUUGACAGUUAAUCCAUCAAAAAGAAUUACUGCAUCUGAGGCCUUGAAACAUCCUUGGAUUUGUCAACGAGAAAGAGUUGCUUCAACUCUACAUCGACAAGAGACUGUUGACUGCUUAAAGAAAUUUAAUGCAAGGAGAAAAUUAAAAGGUGCCAUAUUAACUACCAUGUUAGCAACAAGAAAUUUUUCCAGUCGUGGUACUGUAAAUAGGAAGUCAGAUGGUGGAUCCCAAGUAAAAGAAUCAACAGAUAGCAAUGCAGCAGAUGAUGAUGAUGUUAGAGACGGUUCUCAUACAGGCCCCGAAAGGAGCAAAACAGUUAUUCAAGUUGAGAGAGUUAAGUCUCCACUCUCACCUCAUCCCCCUGAUAAUAAAUUUGCAUAUAAAAGGCCCUCAGAAACAAGUUCAAGUAUGUCUAUGGCAGUUAAAAGUACCAAUGGAAUACUAGACCCUCGGAAGCAAGAGGUUAUAAAAUUGACAGAGCAAUUAGUUGAAGCAGUAAACAGUGGUGACUAUGAAGGCUAUACGAAAUUUUGUGAUCCCCAUAUGACAGCCUUUGAACCUGAAGCAUUAGGUAACUUGGUAGAAGGAAUGGAUUUCCACAAGUUUUACUUUGAUAAUGUUUUAGGGAAAAAUAGUAAAACUUUGAACAGCACAAUAUUGAAUCCUUCAGUUCAUUUAUUAGGGGAUGAUGCUGCAUGUAUAGCAUAUAUUCGACUUACUCAGUACAUGGACAAGAGUGGCAUGGCACAUACUCAACAGUCUGAAGAAACAAGGGUUUGGUCAAAGAAAGAUGGCAAGUGGCAAAAUGUGCAUUUUCAUAGAUCAGGUUCUGCUUCAUCUCCAUUCACAGCAGUUCACAAGUAGAAUAUCUAAAAGAGAGACGUUGGAUUGCAGUCAAUGACUGACUUAAUACUAGCUGUCUAAAUCAGUGAAAUCACCCCACCUUGGCAUCAACAGUUUUACUGUGUCUUUACAGCAACCCUCUUUGAAUAUUUUUGCUCAGUUGUUCAGUUGCUCUUGAGCUGUUAGAGUUGCAGUACUUGGAUGCAACAACAUGUGUGAUAUGUAGCAAAUGAUGUGAUUUUUAAGUGGAAGCUGUGAUUGUUUCGCUGCUACCAUGUUCAUACUUGCAUCUGAAGUUAUUCAGAGUGGUAAAAAAUAUCUCUUAUUUUUUAAGUGAGAGAAAGAGGUAAACAUUUUGCUACAUUUUUUUUCCCUUGUUUCCUGUUCACUAGGUCAGCAUAGUGAUAUUGCACAUGUGGAGUUCCAGAUUUAAAUUAGAAAUUUGCAUAAAAAAGAACUGAUUCAGUUCUGUAUUUCAUUGUAUAGUAGGACCUCAGUUAUUUAAGUAAUAGAAAUUGAAAUAAUUUAAAGUUUGUUAAUGUUAAAUUAAUUGAAACUUUGAAAGAUUUUCUUUUUAUUGAAAUUUUUUUAUUAAUGUCCUUAAAUUAAAAAGUUUUAUAUCCUGUUUGGAUCUAUCCGUAAGCAUUAGAAAUCUCAUCUAUAAUUAUGAGAAGAGAUGGGAACUUUGAGUGUUAAAAAUCAUGUUUUUAUAAAUAUCAUUAAAAUUUUAUGCGAAUAAUACAAAUUUAUUGUUAAAAUUAAUUCUUUAAAGCAGGGGAAAAUUGGAAUUUUUUUUGCAUUUGAAAUAUUCCUGGCAUUAUAAAAAUACAUUUAUUGAAAGUCCUGCAGUCAUUAAUUAGUUUUAUAUUAUACUUAUGUUACACUAUAUUUCCCUUUUCAUGGAAGACAUUUUUUCUCAAGUUUAUGGAAGUUAUUGAUGUAUAAUUUCCUAUUCAUUUUUAUGAUCUUUAUACUUGCUAAAUAAAAAUUAACAAACUUUGAAUGGUUAUCAUGUACACAACUUUUCACAAUUAGUUUCUGGUGAGAUUUUUUGUAUACCAAAAAGCACACGAAAACACAGAAGUGAUAAAUUAGCAUAAUUUUUUUAAAUAUUUAUUCUUGCUUUUUCUUAAAGCCUAUGAUUUAGAAAAAUAUGAAACUUUUUUAUGGGUUGGAUUUUAUUAUCUCCUAAGUUUAAAAACUUUUUAAAAGCAUUUGGCAUUAAUACAUUUUGAAAAUUAUAUUGAAAGUAAGUAAAAAUGGUUAACAGCUUUUAUCUCAUGCUCAUUUUUAUUCAUAUUUAAUAUCCCUCUAUGUUUAUCUCAAAAACCUCUAUAUUCAUGUAUUGUAUUAUAUUAAAUUUUUAACCUUAUUUAGAAAGGCCAAAUAAUUGAGGUCUUACUGUGCACAAAUUUUAAAAAAUGUUCUUUAUCUAGGAAUUAUUAAUUAAAUAUAUAGGAAUUAUUAAUUUUGCACUGAUUGUGAUUCUUAGCUUCAGGAUUUUUUUUUUUUUUUUUUUUUUUUUUUUUUAGGGUCCAUAAUUAUUUGAGAAUAGUCUCAUAAAUAUAAAUAUAUAGAUAUCCUAUUUCUUGUAAAUAUAAAAGAAUGAGGCUUACUGUGCCUAUUAUUGAAGUUUUCUCUUCAAGUUUCUAUCACUCUAAUUAAUCUUGAAUAUAUUUCACAGAAGAACAAAAUUGUGUGCUGUAUGAGUGUGAAAAUAUUAAAAAUUAAAAAAAAAAAAAAAAAAAAAAAAAAAAAAAAAAAAACAAUCACAGACCUGCCUUUCAAAUCGAGCUCUAGCAUCUAGUCAUUUCAAAUAUGUUAGGAUAUUCUUAAUCAAUAGAAAAUAACAUUUUUACUGAUAUUUUUUUUAAUGUAUGUAAUGCUUAAAAUGUAUGUGUGUGCAUGUCUAUCAGCAUGCUUGUGUGUAUGUUCUCAGCAUAUAUACAUGUAUGUAUGUAUUUUGUGAUUCACAUUUUAUGAAGAUUAAAAAAAAAAGAUUUUGAGAUUAGCUAUUUAUUAUUUUCUAAAUUCCAUCUGUGAUUUAAACUCAGAUUAUUAUGACAAAUCACUUAGCAGAUGGUGCUUAUGUAUGGAAUGUUUCAACUCAGGGAAAUCAUUUCAUUUCUGUAGGCAGGUCUGUCAGUUGUUAGUAAGGUUUUAAAACUUAAAUCUUUACAGAGGUGCCAGUUAGUCAUUGAUUUUUUAUGUCAUCUGAAGUUAUCAAUAGUUUGAGUUCACACUUUUCAUAUUAGAAAUCUUCUGUUAAAUUUAAUGAAUUUAACUUAUUAGAUAGACAUGAAAACAUUUCUUUUUUAUAAAUUUGCCAAAGAACUAUGUGAUUAUAUGAUUUUAUUUUUUUAAACUGUGUCUAAAAAUUGGUGACUUUUGAGUUUGAAUCAAUUGAAGUUAAUGUUAUAUAAAAAAAUUUUCGCUUUGUGUGUGAUGAGUAAACUGAAAUAUAGACUUGAGUGGGGGUUUAGUGAGAGGGAUUAAAUUCUAACUUAUUAUUAUUUGAAAUUUUUAAUAGUAAUUUCUGAAUAUUUUUAUUUAAAAUUAAAUAACUUCUGACUAAUUUAUAUUUGUUUUAACUAUUAAUUUUUUAACUAGCUCUUAGAAUAAAAAAUUAUUGGUAUUUUUCUGUUUCAUCGGUGCAUAUCUCGCCAAGCAGACUUUAUUGGCGACAACAUACAGUAUACACAUGAAAAAUGUUAGUUUUAAGAAUUAUUUAUUUUGAAGACAUAAACAUUUUAAUAUUAUUUAAAAUUUUGUAAAAAGCCAAUAAAUAAAGACCAAUUAAUUUGUAAAAAUUUAUGGUUCAACAUCCUGAUUCGCCGGUUCAUAUCCCGUGACCCUAAGUGAUUUCAUCUCGUGUAAACUACACUACAAAAAUCUACUUCUCUUAAUAAUUAUCUACAUUAAUUUCAAGUUAAAUCUUAAUUUGGAAUGCAAGAAUUAUUUCAAUUCAUACGAAUAGCUUACUCAGAAAUUAUGUAAAACCGUAGUGCUUUACUUUGCUAAUGGAUUCUCAUUAGAAUUGAUGAAUUUAACCCUUGCCUUUUCUAUAUUUUCAGUGAGGAUAUUCUGUUUAGCAUCAGUACCAUUAUUGUACCAUUAUUGGCGACUUUAUCGCCUGCACCGGCAAAACAGAAAAGUACCAAAUUAUUUUUCAUAUGACUGAUAUUAAUUACCUGCAUAAAAUUAAAAUUUCAUUAAAAAUUUCACAAAUUAUUUUCAUGUGUAUUACUGAUUUGUGUUUUCAUGCUAAACUUUUAAAAAGUCUUCUGCAUGUAUUUUACCUGUUUAUUUCUAAUUUUAUAAAUCUUUUGAUAAGCUUUAAGAUAUGUGCAUUAUUAAGAUAAUUUAUAUGAGAUGUGUCAUCAAAAUUCAUUAAGCUGCCUAUUUUCCUAUUCAGCACAAAGCAAAUUGUAAACUGUACUGCUAUUUUUUUGAAUAUUUUCUUUGUUGUUUUCAAAUAAAAUUUUCAUUUAUUUUUAUUUUAUCAAGAAUUUUAUGUAUUUUUUAUGUAUUGCAAUCCUGAAUUCUUUAUGGUGUUUGUAAAAUAUUAUCUAUGUGUAGGAGUGUUUUCAAUAUAUGUGUUUAUAAAAGCAUACAUUUAAUUUUUAGUUAGAAAUUUCAUUAAAUUUCCGAAUUUAUUUCAUUUUCAUGAAAAUAGGAUGGUAAAUCUGGUAUGUGUUUAAUGGAUGAUAUGUUCUUACACUACGCAUUGGCACCUCUGCAUAAUUUUAAUUUCAUUUUCUGUAACUCAGUAUGUAGAAAUCUUUUAUUUCUCUACUUAUAUCUCAAGUGCUGUGUAGGGGUGGUGUCACUGGUGAUGUAUAAAAUCUCAAGGCAGCUCUACUUUAAAGAUUGGAUAACAUUUGAAGCAACUUAUGUGGCAUUGGAAUAAGCCAGUGGACACAUCCCUUUAAAAUUUUCCUGGAUAAUGAAAUUACUUGGCACAUUCCAUAGAUGGACGUUGUGCCUGCUGUUCCUUAUUCUAUAUCUCUUCUUGAUGUCUAUUUUCGUCAAUCCAGAAUCACCUGUUAAUACUAUUGUUGGUCGAGGUGUGCAUUUCCGACCGCAAAAUGUUAAGAUAUGCAUCGAUUGAUAGAAGUUGCUCAAAUGAGUUUGCCCUCAGAGAGCAUUUAUAUGUAGUUGCAAAGCUCUUAUUAAUAAACUGCUAUCAACUUUUUGAGGCAUUGUUAUCUAGUCAUACUACCAGUAAUAUUUUGUCUCUGUUUAUUUAUAUUUUUAAAAAUAAAUGUUAAGUGAUUCUGAUUUUUUUCCUGUUUUGCUGGUUUAUUUUAGACUUUGAAUUGACUUCAUUUAUAUGUAGAUUAAUUUAUCAUUUAAUUCUUUCUAAAGUAGUUUUCUUUUGUUUGCUUUUCAUGUGUAUUUUUGCAGUUUUUUAUGGAAACUGAAAAUUUUUACUGACAUGGUGAUAUGUUAAGCCCUUUGCACACUGCCUUAUUAUUCUAGAAAUAAUUAGCAUAUAUUCAGCAUUACAAAUGCUGAUUUGUAUAAUUAUUAGGUAUGUAAUGGUAUAAAAUGUCUUAAAGGUAAGCUUUUCAAUCUGGUUUAGUUAUAUUAGUUAUGCAAGUCUAAUAUUGUUGCUUUCAUCAGACUUUUCAGAAAUUUUGCAUCAAUCUUACAAAUUUAUUAAGCCUUCAGCAGAAAGAAAAUUUUCCUCCUCUUAUAUAUGUAUAUGAAACUGUAAUAUUUUGUACAACAUAAAUGCAUGAUUCUAUUUGUAAAUGUUGUAGGUAGUCAUAUGAGCUAAACAUAUUUGUUACAACACAGCACUUCAGCAGUGCAACAUUUGCUUACUUGGCUCCUUACAUUUGUACUGUGGGAAAAGAGGAUUUAAUUUUUUUAAAAAUUAUUUUAAACAUGUGUGACUAUUUAUGCUAAGCAUUUUCUUUUAUAACCUCAUUUAGAAACUAAAUUUAAGUGGUACUUUAUGUAUUCCUGCUUUUCUUUUCUCUUUCUUAGAACUCAUUAUUUAUACCAAUAAUUAUUUUGAUUAUUUCCGGAGAGGUUCCCUCCUGUGUAACAACAGUGAACAGUGCUGUUGUAAAUGAACAUUACAGAACAAAAUAUGAAACAAAGGCGAGACACAAGGUUAGAAUGUUUAUUAAUAUAUUUUUACAGCAUCAUUUCCCCAUUAUUGUAAAAAGAAAAUAAAGUGAAACAAUGCAAUACCUUUAAUAAACCUAAAUAUACACUAACUUCACUCAAGACCUUUGUGAUUGUUAAGCAUAAUUAUAUUGUAAUUCCCUUACACUGUCAAAAGUUCUGAAAGAAAAGCAUAUAUAGUUUUAAAAAAAUUGAUAAAUUUUACUUUAAUCAAGGUAUUUCCUCAAAUGUUGAUUUCUGUGUCUUGAUUAGGAUUCAAUGGUAAUUUUAAAGUGUAUUUUUUAAUAUUCAGUUUCCACUUAUUUUUGAAACAAGAUGCCUUAUCCUUUGUACAGAGAACUCUUGUUCACUUUUUUAAAAUAAUGGAUAGAGAUUAGUAUAAAUAUUGUUGUUUUGCACAAUAUUUAAUGUGAACAUUAAUAGGUCUUAAGAAAUAUAAUAAUAGUUUUUAAUCAUACAAAACGCUUGUAAAAUUUAUUUUUAUUUUAUUCCUUAUUAAGUUUCAUAGUGAUCAAAAUUUUUGCUUUGUUAGUGUUGUGAUUUCAUACAAAAUUUCAUCCUUACCUAGUGUCCAAAUAUUAAAUUCCUUCAUAUCUGGCAGCAAAAUUUGAUAUGAUGCAACUCCUUUCUUUCAAAGGGAAAAAUUACUAAUUUCUUUAAUUAAUGUUUUAAAUUUUAUAAAUAGAAUGCCGUCAAAUAAUUAAUUUUUAAUGUAUAAUAAUCUUCAAACUAUUUAUUGAAUAUUUGAAAUUCUACUUGCUUUUCUGAGAGAACAGGCUAACUCAGUAAUGCUCAGGAGCCUAAGCCAUAAAUCUAAAUUUCAAAUUGUUAUUUUGUAACAAAAAAGGAAAUUAAAAAUCUCAAAUUGUGCAUAGAAUUUUAGCUCUUCUAUAUCUUGUGAUAUUUCACUACAGUUUUUUGUGAUAUUUCAAGAAGAAUAAAAUGAUGACAAACUCUACUUGAAUUUAGCAUUUUAAAUUGUAUAAUAAUUCUUAUGCUUUUUAAAUGAUAAAAAUGUUCUGUGUUAUUAAGCCUGUCUGUUAGGAAUAACUGUGCAUUAUAUCCUUUAGCAAAAUGCUGCAUGUAUGUUUGCAUAUUCACACCAUUUCAGAACUGAAACUGGGGAUUCAAUGUAGGAAUUAUUUCUUUGCUAAUAUAUUUAAAUAUCAUUUUUAUAGUACUAAUAAUGCUUAUUUAUUAAAGUCUAAAAAUUAUUCAUCAUAUUAUAUUUAUUUUUAAAAAUAGUAAUUAUACUAAAAUUUUACAAAUAUUAAAUGUAGUAGAAAUUUGCACCUGAAAAGGCUGCAAAGUAAUUUUAAACUUAAAUAAUUUUUGCUCACAGAAAUAAUGAAUUAAAAUUUACUGUGAUAGCAUUUUGAAAGUUGGGGGGAGAGGGAAUUGAAUGCAUUUAUCAGCAGCUAUAAUUGAAUAAACUAUAGUUUCAUUGAGGUAAAUGAAUCAAGAACUGCAUAAAGUUUUUUAAAAAGUACUGUACAGUAUUUUCUGUAAUGAAAAGCCCCCAACAUAGUCUUUUGGAUUAAAAAAGAGUACAGGUUAGCAUUUGUUAAGAAAAAUAUAUGGUACAAACUGUUCAUAAUAUUUUUCUUAAAUAGUAUUAGAUGUUUCUUCCACUACAGAGAACAUUAUGUAGUGUUUUCUAGAAUAUUUCUUUUUCUUGAUUUAUUUUCUCUUCAGAAACUCUGAUUAAUUCAUUUGUUAUAUGCUGAAGAAGAAAGAGCUGUUAAAAUUUUUUAUGUACAUCCAGUGUGCAUUUUCUCCUAAUGUGCAGUUUUUUGUUGAAAAACUUGUUUAUUUUUUAUAUCACCCUUUCUUAAAAUAGCAGAAAUUUAGAUAUCAGCUUCUGGCACUUACAGUGUGCAAUAAAAAUCUACUUAGUUCUACUCUUUAAACUAGACAAAUGAUAAAAAUGUUUCUGUAUUUAAAUAUGAAAGCCUCUAGUUUCAUACUAGAGUAAUUAAAUGUUUUGAUACAAUUUUGUUAUCUCCAAUUAAAAUAGUAGUAAUAUUUUUAAGUUUAAUCAUGGACUAUUAAUUAAUAGAUGAACAUUUCUGUGCUUUAGACUCUUUUAAUGAAUUGUAGCAUGAAAUGCCUUCUCUACUCAACAUUUAAAUUCUUGUAAGUAAUUGAAAGUUCUCUUUUUAUUUUUCUUCACCACAAGCAGUAUCAAUGGUUUAUCUUGGAAAUGGUAUAAUUACUCCAAAAACUUUUAUUUUCUUUCCAUUUAUAUUAAUUUCUUUGAUAUUUUAUUUCCCUUCCCCCUGAUAUUUGAAGUAUCAACAAUUAAUAUUUAUGCUGCAUAAUAAAAUAAUACAAGCAUAAAAUUUUAACCUCCAUAAGAGCGUGUUGCUGAUCUAUUUCUAAUAUACAUGCUAUAAUGUUGUAUGGUAUUAUUUGAAUUGGAUUCAUACUUCUUUAAUCCCCAUCUUUGAGUUUUAAUUUUACAAGUCUGCUGACAAUCUAUAUUUAAUAUUAAAAAUUAGUCACACAAAAUGUUCUUUAUUGUGUAUUCUUUCCAAUUAUAAUAACAUGAAGCUUUUGAUAAAUUGCAAUCAAAUACUGUAGUUUUUUUUUUUUUUUUUUUUUUUUUUUUUUUUUUUUUUACCAUAUAUGUACCAUAUAUUAUCCUAUUUUUGAUAUUUUCAUUGCUUCACAAGCUGAAGUAGUGUUUCAUUUCACAAGCCUUGCAUUUAAUAUUUUGUAUAUUAAACUACUUUGAUAUAAUUUAAUUCCUUGUAUUCUGUUAGGGGAAUCUGCAGUUUUUUCCCUCCCAGUACCGUUCAAUAUCUUUUUAUAAAUUGUGUAUAAAUACAAUUUUACAUUACUGUCAAUGACUUUCACUUGAAAUGUAUAAAAAAUUAUCAUUUAGUUAAACACAGAAUACUAUUUUACAUGUGUAACUAAUGUAUUAAAAACUGUGGUUAUCUAAAAUAUUGAUUAAUUUAAUAACAUUAAUGAAAUAUGGUUCUCAGCUGUGAAGGAUAUGUUGAACACAAGCAUGUCAAAAAUGUAAUAAUUCAUUUCUAGAACAUUAUUAUAAAAUAAAAAUUGUCAAAUGUUAAAACAGAGUUCAGGAUAUUAAGAAAAAGGAAAUUAUACCAAAUAGCUAGAUUAAUAUUAUUUUUUAAAUUAUAUAAUUCCCAGAGAACUUGGAUAUAUGUUUUAUUAUUUUACAGCAGACUUCUUAAAAUGGUUACCAGUCACUUCAAAUGAUUAUUGCUAAAUUUGAUCUUUGUAAAAUCUCAAUUUCUUACUUAUAGCUUAAUUUCUUUUGAUAGCAAUAAAUAUACAGUAUAAUAUCACAUGCUUCCUUUCUAAGCACUAUAAAUUAUACUAUUUAAGUUGGUCUGCAUAACAUGUUUGAACAUAAGAAAUACUUUGGGUAAUUUAAUGGAGAAUCAAAUACGUACAUUUAUAAGCCAGUUAAUAUAACUGUGCAUAUAAUAUUCACAAAUUAUAGCAAUUCUCUUUAUAUAAUGAUAAAAUUAAUUGAUAAUUUAUUGUAAUUCUUUUGCAUCAUUAUUCAAACAAACCUAAUUUAAAUUUAUAUUUCAUGAAAAUUUAUAAAAGUGAAAAAAAAAGCUUAUCAUAAAAUAUGUUUUGAAAACAUUUUAAGAGUAAAGAACUGAUGUGAGUAUUAACUUAUUUUGUAGAUUUUCAGUUUGUUCAGAUUCCUAAUCAAAAUUCAAAGUUAACCUAAAUUCAGGCUUCCUAAACUUAGCAAGCAUAGAAAAUGUGUUUUUCCAGAUCUCCCGAAUUCUGGUCAGUGACUCACAGACUUUUGGAAAAUAUAAGCACAUUAAAGUAUAUAUCCAAAAUGCUUUUUAUUCACCAUAUGCAAUGUAUGGUGUGUUAUGUUUUACAUUAAAUAACUAAGCAUUUCACUUUCUACAUUAUGUAAGACAUAAUCCUGAACACAUUAUAUUAGCAUUACAUAAAAAGAAUUUUCUACAAGUAUUUAAAAAAAAGCAAAAUGUAUAUUGAUUUUUUUUUUUUUUUUAAAGUUUGGCUGUGUGAAAUAGUCUUAUUUUUAAGACUGAAAGUUUGUUUUCAGAUUGGCUGGCAAAAAUGUAUGCAGAAAUUAAAAUGUGAAAUUUGUUGAAUGUCUAAAAUGAAAAUUGUUGAUGUUAACUUUAUUAAAUGUAUUAUUUUAUUAGUAAUUUGUUUGGAAACUGUUGAUAAUAUAUGUACUUCUUGCUGGGAGUUCCUUUCUUCUAACAUGAGUUUUAAUUUUUUUUUAAUUCUCAUUAUUUUAAUAUUCUAUAUUCAUUUAUAAAAUACAAUUAGUUGUGCUUAUAGACUAAAAAAAGUAGCUGUGAUCUUAAUAUUCAGUAAUCAAUUAAAAAGGGUUUAAAUUACUUGUAUUUGAAAAAAUUCUAAGACUGUUAAUAGAAUUGACUUUUAAUUAUGUUUUUGGAAAUUGAAUUUCUAUCAUUCUUGUCGUUAUAUUCUGCUGCAAUACUUGCUUCUGGUGAAAUAAUUUUACUGUGAAAUUUUGUCUGAAUGAUGUUCAUUAAAUUAGCUGAGAAUCGUUUUUCAUAGUGUACUAUACGUGUAAUGCAAUGCAUAUUUAUGUAUUUCUUUUAAAUUGCAAUGUGUGUUGGUGGAAAAAUUUAUCAUUAUUUCAUAUAUCACCUUCUCUUAAUAAAUAUCAAAAAUGUAAAUUUUUGUAGGCUGAAAUAUAGUUUAUUUUUUCUGUUAAUAAGGCAAUGCAUAUGUUAUCUUUUGUUUCGGUAUUUAAAAAGAAUUGCGGAAAUUUGUUUAAUAUUAUAAUUUUUAGAAGUUUUUAAGCUUUAAUUGUUAUAUCAAACUAUUUAUUAUAAAUGCUUUGAACUGCUUGUUGUACACUCACAUUGAUGCAUAUUAAAGGCUAGGUUCCUGAAGUUGGUGGCUGAGUGUUUUAUAUAAGCACAUAAUGCUUUUUUUAGCUAAUUGUGAUAGCCAAUGUUCAAUCCCAAGGAGACUUUGUGUUUUUUUAAUUAUUGAUGCUGAACUUUAUUUUUAUACCUGCUUUAAAAAUGUGAUUAAAUAGUGGUGUUCAUUAUCCAGUAAAUAAAGUUCAGCCUCAGUUAGCUUAUUUAUGGAUUGCCUGUUUUUUUUUUUUUUUUUUUUUUUUUUUUUUUGUGUGUGUGUGUGUUACAUUAAGUUUUGGUUAAGUUUAUAAUUCUAUUUGCAUGCAGUCUUUAAGAUCCAGUACUGUUGACUCUUGAUGUACAAACAAUACUGACUUGGUUUAUAUUGUGGUAAUUUGUAAUGUUAAAUUUGUAAUUCUUUUAACCUCAUGUUAAAGUAUGCAUUGUUGUUGCAACCAUAAAAAGGAAACUAUAUGUCUCCACAUGCCAGAAAAAUUUUAUAAAUCAGGAGUCAACUGUAAUGGACUAUUUUAAUUGCUCAACUUUAAGUCCAGUCAUCUUGCAUUCUAAUCAAUGAACAAUUCCCAUAAUUUUAUUCAAUUACAUUAAGUAUAUAUUUUAUAUUUAUUUGUGUCACUGUUGUUAAGAUGAAUAUUUUACAUUUGUUUAUCCAAAACUUAAAAUUUUUUUAUAAAAGCAAUGCAAUUCAUAAAGCUAUUUAUCUCGCUUCAAUAUUUGUGAUUUUAGUUUCUUAAAGUUAACAUUGUGGAGUAAAAUUUAUUGCCGUCAAUAUUAUAUUAUGAAUUGACUUUUUUAUUAAAAAUAUUUACUCUUCA